GACGGUACGGUGUGGGGCUGUAGCUACGGUGUCAGCGGCAAGUAUGAGAGGAGACAAGUUUACGAGCUGAAGCUGGCUGAUUGACAGCCUCUGUCGCAUUUUGUGGAGGGACCACUCAUACCGGCGGACGUCGAGAAGUCGCGGUGUAGCCUGUGCGACUAAAAAACCCCACAACUAAAACAUUAAAAACAACUGGUGGACACACGGGGUUUGUGGAUAGACGUUGGCAGCGGCGGCGGCAGGAGCAGGGAGAGAGUGUGAGUGCUUUGGCGGCGUUCCCGCUGCUAGAGAAACAUGAACAAAAACCACCGAGUGCCGAGCAGCCGUUCUCUGAAUGCAGUGGAGGUGAAGAGCAAGUUUGGUGCAGAGUUUCGUCGGUUCUCUCUGGAACGGUCCAAGCCAGGCCGCUUCGAUGAGUUCUACGGUCUCCUGCAGCACGUGCAUCGCAUCCCCAACGUGGAGCUGUUGGUGGGCUACGCUGACGUGCACGGUGACCUGCUGCCCAUCAACAAUGACGACAAUUACCACAAGGCCAUCUCCACAGCUAACCCUCUACUCAGGCUGUUCCUCCAGAGGAAAGAGGAAGCUGAUCAUGGAACAUUUGGUACCGAUUCCCUGACCAGGAAGAAGAACACUGUGCUUUCUGCGGUUCUUCUGCGGCCUGAUCACAACAAGAAAAAACCUCCAGUGAUCAUCAGCCUCCCUAAAGACUUCCGGCCUGUAUCGUCCAUCAUCGACGUCGACAUCCUCCCGGAGACGCACCGACGUGUUCGUCUGUACAAGCACGGCCAGGAAAAACCACUGGGUUUCUACAUCCGCGAUGGUUCCAGUGUACGAGUCACCCCACAGGGCUUGGAGAAAGUCCCAGGAAUAUUCAUCUCUCGCUUGGUGCCAGGCGGGCUUGCGGAGAGCACCGGCCUACUGGCGGUUAAUGACGAAGUGCUGGAAGUGAAUGGUAUCGAGGUUGCUGGGAAGUCGCUGGAUCAGGUGACAGACAUGAUGAUCGCCAACAGCCACAACCUCAUCAUCACCGUAAAGCCUGCCAACCAGCGGAACAAUAUCAUUCGUAGUGGAGUAGGCGGAGGAGGGGGUGCAGCAUCUGGUAGUUCAGGACGCUCAUCAGACAGCGGCGCCAGCUACUAUGGCUACUCGUCACACAGUGCUGCAGCCUCCAUACCACCACACAUCAUCCAGAACUUCCCCGUCGGGGAGUUGGAGAGCGAUGAAGAUGAAGAGGACUUGGUAAUCGAGGCAGGAGGCGAGGCUGAGCCAAUCAGACAUGUGGCCUCCAACCACAGCAUGAGCUCACUGCCUCGUUACGAACCACACCUCAACCUCCGCACCGCCACCACUUCCACCUUCUCCAUUAACACCAAUGGAACCCUGCCCACCAGCGGCAGCAGUAGUUCCCUAAGCAACAUCAAGGCUACAACGCCGUCCCCAGACAGAGCUAUGGAGAGGGGGAGUUUGGAGGAGGACGGUACUGUUAUAACGCUGUAGACUGGACAUUUUACACACUACACACUGGAGACCAGAGAAAUAAACACUCUUGUACUUUAACACACAUGGAGGGUUGAUGGAAAAAUCAAAGAAAACCCAGGAACGUACAGUUCCAUCUAACAGUGACUAAACCUGAGAAGCACAAACAUACGUCUGCGUAUUACAUCUCGACCUACUAAAUUUGUCCUUUCACAUCAAACACUACACCCCCAUACUUUGCUCUUCUGAAUGCCAAUGACCACAUAUUUGUGCCAUAGCAGUGACAGCCCCCAUUUCUGGUUCUGCAGCCACAAAAACAACAACAGAAAACCCCCCUGAAAGUGUCCACUGUUUCUGUUUAUUCUAAACGCACCUGUUUUUAAUCCCAUAACUGUUAUUCCGCCGAACUUCCUUUAGCGGGCAGAGAUAGGAAGCCCAUCCUCACAUAUUUCCUCUUUUUAAGUCAUGCUAACAAGCUAAUAUCACCCGUAAAGCAAAAACACUGUUUUUUCUUUUUGUCUUGUCACUCUGCAGCAUGCUAUGAUCGCCUGCCUUCUCCCAGGUAACAACAGCAUGAGUGCAGAAUUUUCCCUCACAAGGCACAG